AUGGAGUCAUCUAGGAUUUUCGUCAAGAACCUACCGCCUGCCAUUUCUGAGGCCGAGUUCCGCAAACACUUCUCGGCCCAUGGCCGCGAGAUUACGGAUGUGAAGCUCAUCCCCAACCGCCGCAUUGGUUUUGUUGGUUACAAGUCGCACCAAGAUGCUGCAGCCGCCGUCAAGUACUUCCACAAGUCCUUUAUUCGCAUGUCUAGGAUCGCCGUUGAUCUGGCCAAGCCAAUUGCAGACUCAAAUCCAAAGCUCCAAACUGUGAAGAAUGCUCCACGUCAAGCAGAGGCUGCGUUGGCACACCGUGCAUCCGGACCACUUGGGGAUGAGCGGGCGCAGGGCGAUGACGCUAGGAAGAGAAAGCGAGACGAGGUGGAUGAGGCGGACCCCAAAUUGCAGGAGUACCUCGAAGUUAUGGGUCAUCCCACCAAAAAGCUCCGAGACCACAGUACACCCAACGGCGAUCCACAGCCAGAGUCAACACCUGCGCCCCCCCCUGCUGUCCUAGAAGCUGGGGAAAGUGAUGAUGAGUACGAGGACAUUCCUGCGCGGUAUCCCAAACAGUUGGCCAAGGACGGUCAAGCCCAGGUUAUUGCCAUACCCCCCCUUGUGCGAGAUGAUGAAGGCCCCGCGUCCAUGCCGGCAGACGAACCCGCUCGGAACGUUCCGCAAGUAUCGGCCGAUGCCACAGACGACGACUGGCUCAGAUCAAGAACAAGUCGUUUGCUCGACCUCAUGGACCCCGAUGACCCGGGGUUUGCCGCACGGGUAUCUCCACCGGGAGCCAAUGCCGCAAUUGUACCCGACCCGCAAGCGCGAGCAAACGGAAGCCCCAAGCCCGAUGCCGAUGAGGCAAAAGACGGCACCCCUACGACAGCUCGGAACACCGGAGACGAUGUGAAGCUAGUCGAGAAGACAUCGAGGCUGUUCCUGCGAAAUCUGAGUUACAAUGUCACAGAGAAUGACGUCAGAGAGUACUUUGGCCAGUUUGGAGACCUUGCAGAGGUACAUGUACCGUUGGACAACCGCGGCCAAGGCAAAGGUUUUGCUAUGGUCAGGUAUGAACAACCCACCGCCGCAGUGGCCGCAUUCCAAAAGGACGGCUCAGUCUUACAGGGUCGAAUCAUCCACAUUCUCCCAGCCUCCGCCAAGAGAGAGAAUAAGCUUGAUGAAUUCACAAUCUCGAAACUGCCUCUGAAAAAGCAGCAGUUACUUAAGAAAAAGGCCGAGGCUGCAUCGAACACCUUCAACUGGAAUUCGUUGUUCAUGAGCCAGGAUGCUGUCAACACGGCUAUGGCUGAACGUCUCGGCGUCUCGAAACACGAGCUAUUGGAUCCGACAGAUGCAUCGGCUGCCGUCAAGCAGGCAAUUGCCGAAACCACUGUGAUUCAUGAAGCCAAGACGUACUUCACGUCACACGGGGUGAACAUCGAUGCGUUCAAGUCCCAACAACGAGGUGAUACAUCAAUACUAGUGAAGAAUAUCCGAAGUGCCUCCAUGGAAGAACUGAGGACUCUAUUCGAAGAACACGGCGCUGUAUUGAGAGUUUUGAUGCCGCCAAGUGGUACCAUCGCCAUCGUCCAGUUCGCACAACCGGCCGCUUGCCGGGCCGCGUUUGUCAAGAAGGCCUACUCACGGUUUAAAGAGUCGGUCCUGUACCUUGAAAAGGGCCCGAAAGGGCUAUUCGUAGACCAUACAGGGCCAGCAUCUACAGAUACCGCUGUGGGAGUCCAGAAGGCAUCGGUUUCCGAGUUGCUGGAACGCGAUGACGCCGAUGAUCAGCUGGAGACAGCGUCGCUAUUUGUCCGUAAUCUCAACUUCUCAACCACCAGCGAGGGAUUGACCAACGCCUUCAAGGACCUGGAGGGGUUUGUGAGCGCAAAGGUCAAAACCAAGACCGACCCGAAAAAGCCUGGCCAAGUGCUCAGCAUGGGUUUCGGGUUUUGCGCGUUCAGGACCAAGGAGCAAGCCCAGGCGGCUCUCAAGGUCAUGGACGGCCAUGUCCUUGACGCCCACAAGCUAUUGGUCAAGGCAUCACAUCGGGGCCACGAUGCUGCAGAGGAGCGCAAACGCGAAGACCUCGCCAAAAAGGCAGCGGCGCAGCGGACGAAGAUUGUCAUCAAGAACCUCCCAUUCGAGGCGUCCAAGAAGGAUGUCCGAACGCUUUUCAGCGCAUAUGGGAAAUUGGUGGCACUUCGGGUGCCGAAGAAGUUCAAUCACACGUCGCGCGGUUUUGCGUUUGCCGAGUUUGCGACUUCGAAAGAGGCGCUCAAUGCUCUCACAUCCCUCAAAGACACACAUCUCUUGGGGCGGCGGCUGGUGAUUGACUUUGCAGCAGCGGAUGAGGUUGACCCAGAAGAACAGAUCAAGGCGAUGGAGAAGAAGAUUAGGGGCCAGGUGAACAAGGUCACAUUGCAAGAGCUGACGGGAGAAGGGAGGAAGAGGUGGAGAGGGAGAGAAAGUCGACUUCGUCCAGGAUGGUUGGUCCCGACAGCCCCCAUUUGGCCCCCGGACUGCGCCAUGGGCCUCGCAGUCCGAACUCCCUUCCUCCCGACCCAGUGCAGCCCGCCCUCGUCAGAUCAUGAUUCUGAGAUUCGUGGUGUAGCAUCGGCUUCGAGACACCAACAACAACCCCUUCAGGAAUCCACAGGCGUCCUUUCGUACCCUCCUCCUCCUCCUCCUCCUCCUCCUCAUCACAUGGCUUGGUACGCACAGAGCCUAGAGGCUCUCCCGCCCACGCCGUCCUCGAUCCCGCCCGGCACGCCAUCCGUCAUGCGGACACCACCCUCCCUUGGACCAGACUACGGCAGCGGAAGGGCAGCAGCAGCAGCAGCAGCAGCAGUGGCCAAAGCAGCCCGCCCUCGGCACGAGCGCCGUCACGCGCACACCCACAAGCACGCACACACGCACAGCGGACGGCAUCCGCAGGCGGCGGCGGCGGCGUCUAACCCGCUCAUGCCCUUGCUCAGCCAAGCCUUCCAGAACUAUCGGAAGAAGCAGGCAGACAAACCGGAUCAGAAGUGGCCGGACGCGUUGGAGGGGCAUUUCCUGGAUGGCAAUAAAUACACAAUGAAGCGACAUCCAAACCCAUUCGGCCGGAACCAGCUGAUCGGGGAGUACCUUUGGAUUGCGUCUUGUCUCGACCUGGGCCCCGGAGCGAGUCCCGACCCGCAGCUGCUGAAGAUCAAAGAAGCCGGGGGGCGGAAGAUGGUGUCAAGCCACAUCCAGGUUCUCAAGAACUUCUUCUCGGCACAUCGAUGCUUCCACUUCCUCUUUGGCCAACGGCGGCGCGACAAGGAGGCGGACCACAUGGAGAAAGGGUUGCUCAAGAACAACACUAUCUUGAUUGCCUUGUCCGAAAACCGCCUUCCGGAUGAGCGACCCAAUUACGAAUAUUUUGCGCAAAUUCUGGCGUUGAACGAGCAGGUGCAGUUCCGACCGAGGCGCUGCUGGAUCUUUGUUUCGCACCAGGAUGUAUCGGUCCGAGACGAUGGGUCGGGCCAGUUGGGCCAGUUGGGCAGCAGCAGCGAGCUCAGUGCGGCCGAGUAUCCGCACCUCGCGCGCAACCUCCAGCGCGAGACCUGGACCAAGGAGGAGCAGCAGCUGUUCCAGGGCGCGCUGCUCCACGAGUUCACCAAGGAGAUCCACCAGGUCGAGUCGAGCAGUGUGUCAGAGCUAAGCAGGGAAUGGGAGUUGACCUUCCCCGGCUUGCACAAGCGACUGGAAAGCAUCACGUCCUUGACGACAGACGCGACCUGCGACAUCUUGCAUUUCCACUCCACCCUCGAGCUCAGGGAGAGGCCCAACUUCCCUGCCGAGUCGAGCCUCAGCUCCUGGGUCGAGAUCAACAUCGAACAGCUUGCCCUGGUAACCCACCGGUGGAGGAUCGAGACACGACUCGUGAGGCCUGCCGAGCUCAGCUGCUCCACAGAAAAUAACCACCCUCGAGGAGGAGGGGUUGCGUCGUCCCAAGAUACUAUAUGUGAGCGUCAUAACGAGUUUACUAUUAACUACCGCCACCAGUCGGGGUGUGACGGCCCCCUCGGCGAUACCACUCAGGGGCCAUGCGAGUGUCUCGUUCAGAGAAGACGUCGUGACGGGGUUUCGCUCCCUUUCCCUCUCCCCUUUCCUACCACUGCUUGGGCGGAAACGCUCACCAGCUGUGCCGAGUACCCAGCCCAUCCGUUGAGCAGCGGCCAAAGGUUUGGCAGAGAACGCGGGGGUCUCGGUGGUGUUGGAGGUGAAAGUGAGGGUACGGAUGGGGGGGUAAGACCCCGUCGUCGUGGUAGACAGAGCACGACACAGAUGGACCUGGUCCCGGGGAUCGCCAUGAUGCAGGAGGUGUUCUCCUGUCCGCCUGCUGCAAGGCACGCUGAGGGAGAUGACGAGGGAGAUGGCGAGGCGUCGGAUCAGUGGACACGGCGGGCCGUGAUUCUCUGGACAUUCGAGACAAUCCACACUAUUGACAAAACCAAGAACAGGGACAAGGGAGAACUGGUGACAGCCCCGAGUGGGAAGACCAACUGGCGCUUCUUGACCAUUAUCGACCCGGCUAGCGAGCAUCAUCAGAAGCACGCCGUUGUCAGUGGCCGCAAGGCUUCUUCCAUUUCUUCUUUUUCCUCUACUGCUUCUUCUGCUUCUACUACUACUACUAUUACUACUACAUCCUCUUCUUCCUCGACGGACGGCUAUCGCGGCAUCUUGGACGGUCUUUCCAACACCUCGCGACCCUCCUCCCGUACUGCCGGGUAUUACUCGCCCAGCCCUGGCUACCCGCAGCCGAGCACAAACACAAGCGAUGGAUUUCCGCCACCGUGGGAAAACACCAGCAGCGGGUUCGGCUCUCUCUCCAGCACAGCAGCGCAAGCGUACGAGGCGCAUUUCCUAGCCCAAGCAGGCGAUGACCACCACACCCACUCUGCGCCCGCCAGUCAUGCCGGUGGUGAUGGUGGCCAGGCUGGAGAAUACGGCUUGCUAGGCAGUUUCAGCAGCCACCACGACGACCUAGCGACUCCGCCUUCGAGCGCCUUACUCGCCAGCCCCUUUCCCCAGUCCUUCGACACAACCUCAGCCAGCUCGGAUAUGCUACCGGACUACAUCGCGCCGCGCACUGCGGCGACGACGGCCACCAUGGCCCUUAGCUCGCACGCGCUCGCCAAUGCAUUGUCACCAGCAGCAGGGCCUUUUCUCUCAACUCUGGGAGCUGCAGCAUACGGCGGCGGUCCGCAAGGCGAAGCUCAUAACGGCUGGGAUAAUCAAAGUCUCGCUAGCAGCCUGGACUCCGCCACAGCCGCCGCCGCCACGUCUUGGUCAUCGGGGUAUCCAAACGUCAGCAUCAAUGUCAAUGUCAAUUCGGCUCAUCAUGCACACAACGCUACGCUAAGUUGGCCUGGCCCUCAGCAUCAGCAGCAACAACAACAGCAACAACAACAGCAGCAGCAGCAACACUACUCCCACACCGUCUCCCCACGCCGCAGCCAUAGACGUCAUGGCAGCAGCCCGCACCUUCACAGCCGACAACAGCAGCAGCAGCAGCAGAAACCGCACCCAACAGGGCUGGUCCAUCAUCCCCACCGACGUCCAUGGGACACGACCGUCAACACCAUUCAUGAUGACCCUUGGGCAACAACAACAACAAAGCCACCACCACCCGCAGAGAGUACACCCCCAUACUACCACUAUCGCCGUCAGCAACAACAGCAUCAGCAGCAUCACCACCAACACCAACAACACCAACCCCAAACCUGGCCCAACACCAUCAUCCCCGCCUCUUUAUCAACCACGCCAGGCAGCAGCAGCGUAUCACACCACCAACACCAGCACCAACACCAGCACCGGGUAUCAACCCACGUGCAAGGGGGCUUUCCGGGUACCGCAGCGGCAACGAUGGUAGUGGGACAUGGGCAUGGGCAUGGGCAUGGGCUUAGAUCUGGGCACAGGUACUCCUCCUCCUCAUCAUCCUUAUCCAUGUCGCAGGGGAUGUCCGCGGCAGGGGUAAAACGGGGGCGGUCGGGGAUGCCUGUGUUGGGGGGGGAUGAUGAGUUGAGGGGGGGUGGGGGACAGGAGGAAGGGGGUAAUGGGGAAGAGGAGGAGGAAGAGGGGGUUGAUGGGGAGGGGCAUCGACGACAGCGGUCGAGGAGUUGA